AAGAUGGGCAAGGGAGCGCAGUGGAGGAGAUUACAUUUCCAAAACUUAGGGGAUAUAUCUGGAAUGCUUGCCCAAUUUGAGUAGUUUCCUCUUGUGGAAGAAUCAUACGCUAGAAUGCCCUAUUUUAUCAACACUGAGCAUUGCCCAUUGCCCUAAGAUGAGAAGUCUUACUUGGCAAUCUUCGAUGGAGAUUGACAAUGGCACCCCUUCAUUUUUCACUUCACAGGUACAAUUUCCUCAACUUAUGUGGAUGGAUCUUUCCCACAUGGACAAUUUAAGCAAAAUAUGGACUGACGGUCCUCUAGAAACUCUUACUUUUGAUUGCUUACGGGAAGUGAAGGUUCUUAAUUGUAAGAGCCUUGAAAAUUUGUUUCCAUAUUGGGUGGCUACAAGUUUAACCCAACUUGGAAAACUUCAAGUGGAGUGUUGUGAGAUUGAGGAAAUAGUUGCUAGUGGGGAUGACACUCCAUGCUCCAAUACUACUCAAGAUCUUUUCCCAGAACUAACCUCUCUGGUGUUACAUGACAUGCCACGACUCAAGAGCUUUUGUCCUAACUUGCUUUUGAAUUUGCCAUUAUUGGAGGAAUUACGAGUGACUCAUUGUGAAAAACUGAGCAUGUUAUCCUUUGGCAUCCAUGAACAGAUGGGCUCAAAGAGAUGA